UGGUAUUUUGGCGCUGUCCAGAACAUAAAAGAUGAGCUGUUUGUUGCCUUUGAAGUAGAUAUCCAACAUCCAAGGCACAAACAGGUGCGCGAGGUUGGGGUAAUUAAGUCUUUGUCCGAGAAGUCUACGGGCUUGGAAUGGUAUGGAAUCGCAGCUAGAAAUUCGCUGUUUAUUCAGCUUUGGUUGUGCAUCACUUACAACUAGAAGUGUCACGUUUGAGUGACCGGAAUAAUCUAUCAUAAUAGAAUCAUACAUUUGUUCAGACUAUAAAAGAAAUACAAAUCAGUUUGUAAAUAGACCAGAUCAAAAUGAAGCUUCUGUUGUCAUUUAUUGCUCUCUUGGGUUUAGUUGCUUGUCAGGAGAAGUGUGAUUCGCAGAACAAAUAUUGCUUUCCCAAAGAAGUGGCAACAUGGACCGGUGCCGUCGAAUAUUGCUUGAAAAACGGCUGGAAACUGGCCGUGGUCAACAGUGAAGCGAAACAGAUGAAGAUCGAGAGUUUGGCCAAAAAUCUGCCCGAAUUCAAGAACGGAAAAGUUGAGCUAUGGAUUGGAGCGAGCGAUCAAACCAAGGAGGGACAUUUCGUGUGGAUUGCCAAUGGGCAACCAAUUGAGUAUGCCAAUUGGUUGCCUGGCAAACCCGAUAAUAAAGAUGGCAAGGAACACUGCGUACAUUUGUGGUACGAGAAGGCCAAAAAGCUGAAUUGGGGUUGGAACGAUGUGGUUUGCACCUCUAAGCGACGGUUCGUGUGUGAGAGAAAGAAAAAAUUGGUGACAUAGUCCGGAGAGACAUAUGGCCGGGGUUCUGCUAAACCGAACUAAGCGCCAAAAAGAUAAUUCCGAGAUAAUUAGACUUAAAGUUCAACCACUCACAAAUAAACAACAGCGGAGAUUAUUUGAAACUUUUCCGCACACAUAUAACUGACAAGCCUUCAUUAACCAUCAGAAAUGAAGAAUACGUGUAAAUUAUUUGGAAUCAUUGAUAUAAUUACAUUUUAUUUCAUGGUACUUUGCACUCAGUUCACUCUGGCUGAUCAAAAACACCAGAAAAUGGUUAAUAGUUCAGUUUGGCUGAAUGUGUUUUUUUGUUUCAGAUAAAACCAAAUGGAUAGUGGAAAAAAAUCUCGAUUUUUGAUCGCCUAUCAAGUUGAAAUCGAUAUCACUCACAAUCCUUCACAUGAAUCAAAGAGGACGCGUAUAGUAUGGUAGCACGAUGGUCUCAAAACAGUUAGCAAUAUGAACGGCGGAAGCCCUCCCAGCUCAGCCCUUCCCACCCAUGCUUUUUCUUCAUAAGUGGUGUAUGUGGAAACACAGAGCAAGAGUGAUUAUGUCAAACGAUGUCCUUGCAUGCCCUGAGGUCCUGAGAUGUGAAUGUGGAGUGAUUUGUGUACUUUAAAUUUAUACUGGUCGAAGAAAACCAUGAAAAUGUUCUGCCAAAGUGCACUAAGUGCAAAAAAGUUUUCAAAAAUAUGAAAGAGAUUAGAACUUGGAUCAUCUGAGUGAUAACCAAGCGCGUUACCUCUAGGUCAUAUUACCUUGCUGAAGGUCAGUCGUUAAGUCUGAAUCAAGUUCUAAACAUUCUUCUCAAGGAUGGUUUUCGUGAAAACGCCAUUUUUCGAUCAGCCAAAGCGAACCAAGUGUUUAAUUUUUUUCAAGCUUUAUUUUUCUAAUUAGGCUUGUUGUUCAAUGACGGCUCCUGUGUUAAACUACCAGUAUGAGGUGUAUCGACAUAACGCUGGUAUUAAAAACCAGUUGGUUUUUGUAUCGUUCAGAAUAAAUUGAUUCUAAAAUGCUGUGGACUUGGUUCGGUCUGGCUGAAUGUGAUUUGGAAAAAUGGCGAUCAGCGCCAUCGAAACAUAAUUGGUUCUUCCAACGCCCAUAUUUCUAAUUACGUGUUCAUUUCUCUCACAGAUUGUUUCUAUGAGUCGGUUAGAAGUUAGAAAUCUGACGGAGAUGAGGAGAACUUGAAAUGUUCAUCGCCUGCAUCACAACUAAAAUAUUUCGCUGACUCUAUCGAAUGGUUUACAGUUCACUCUGGUUGGAUGCAAAAUGAUGUUUUGUAUGUUCCGCCAAACAGAAAUUUUGAAUUUACUCCACGAAGAGCUGUCAGAAUUACUGGAUUUUCACAUGGAAGGAAGAUCAUCAUUUUCUUCACCCAAUAGUUAAGAAAACUCAAUUUUUAAAAAAUUGGUCUUUAGUUCGGUUUAGCAGAACCCCGACCAUAUGAACCAAAACCUGUCCAAAACAUAAAAGAUGAGCUGUCUGUUGCCUUUGAAGUAGAUAUCCAUCCAGGCACGAA